AUGUCCACCACAGAUAAUGCUCCUCCAACCAACUCUUCACGUAGAACUAAAAAGAAUAAUGCUGGUGAAUCCUUCUUUAAACGUUUGCUCGAACAACAAAAACAAGAACUUGGUACUUCCAAUAAAUUCAAAUGGGUGCCUGAUGGAGAAGGUGGAUAUGUUGCAGGUGAAAUUGUUGAAGAGACUGCUACUGAAGUUCAAUUUAAAUAUGAGGAUGGUAGAGUGAGUACUUGCAAACCAGAUCAAGUCUUUCCAAUGAAUCCUCAAAAAUUGGAUGGUAUUGCUGAUAUGGCCUCUCUCUCACUCCUCAAUGAACCUUCUGUCUUUUACAACCUCAAAUAUAGAUAUGAACGUGAUCAAAUCUAUACUUAUUCUGGAUUGUUCUUGGUUGCUGUCAAUCCAUACAAGAAUUUACCAAUCUAUACUGAAGAAGUGAUCAAAAAGUAUGAAGGUAAACGUCGUGAAGAUGUUGAACCACAUAUUUAUGCUGUUUCUGAUGUUGCCUAUAGACAAAUGUUACAAAAUGGUGAAAAUCAAAGCAUGCUCAUUACAGGAGAAUCUGGUGCAGGUAAAACAGUGAACACGAAACGAGUCAUUCAGUACUUGACUCAUGUCGCUGGUAAAGGUGGUGCAGGUGGUCAAAUUGAACAACAAUUGAACAUGUGUAACCCCUUAUUGGAAUCAUUUGGUAAUGCCAAAACUCUCCGUAAUGACAAUUCUUCUCGUUUUGGUAAAUUCAUUGAGAUUCAAUUUGACAAACAAGGUUAUAUUGCUGGUUGUAGAAUUCAACACUACUUGUUAGAAACCACACGUGUCAUUAGACAAGCCUUGAAUGAACGAUCGUUCCACAUUUUCUAUCAAAUCUUUAGUAUUGAAGAUGAAAAGAAGAAGGAAUUGUAUUUGACUGAUCCAAGUGAUUAUGAAUAUGUGAAUCAGAGUAAUUGCUUUGUCGUACCAGGUGUCGAUGAUGAGGCUGAUAUGAAAAUGACUCUUCAAUCCAUGCGUAUCAUGAAAAUGACAGAAACUGAAAUUGACAUGAUUCUCCGUAUUGUUGCUUUCAUUCUCCAUAUUGGUAAUGUUCAAUUCAAGGAUGAUGAAGAAGAACAUGCUCACGUCACGAACGCUAAAGAAUCUCUUCAAUUGGCAUGCGAAAUUCUCAAAGUCACUCCCGAUCAAUUGGUCAAAGGUUUUUGUAAACCUCGUAUCAUUUUGCCAGGUGAAGUCAUUGAAACUGCUGUCGACUCGAGAAAGGCUAACUUUAACCGUAACGCGUUGGUCAUGUCCACUUAUUUGCGUAUGUUUGAUUGGAUUGUUCAAAAGAUCAAUCAAUCCAUGAGUGCCAACUUUGAACAAUUGUGUAUCAACUUUACCAAUGAGAAACUUCAACAAUUCUUCAAUCAUCACAUGUUCAAGAAGGAACAAGAAGAAUACUUGAGAGAAGAUAUUGCAUGGAACUUUAUUGACUUUGGUUUGGAUUUACAACCAACCAUUGAUUUAAUUGAGAAACCACAAGGUGUCUUGGAUAUUCUCCAUCAAAAGUGUGUCGUUCAGAAUCAAGACGAGGAGAGCUUUGUUCGUGAUUUACUCUCGAAAAAUGCCAAAUCGGAAAAGUUGAAGAAGGAUAAAUUCGAUCAAAAGGCUUUCCUCGUGACUCACUACGCUGGUGAGGUCAAGUACAAUGUUCGUGAUUGGUACAGCAAGAACGUGGAUCCACUCAAUGAUGAUUGUAAGAUGGCCAUGCAAAAGAGUAUGUUGCCUUUCGUGAAGAAACUCUUCAUUUCUAGUGAGGAUAAGAAGGAGGACAAGUCGGCCACCAACUCUCGUUCCACCUCGGGUGCUGGUGUUCGUUUCCAAACCGUCGGUAACAAGUACAAGAAGCAACUGAGUGACUUGAUGCAAUUAUUGGCCAGUACAGAGCCUCAUUUUAUUCGUUGUAUCAAGCCUAACUCUCUCCAGAAGCCAGGUAUCUUGCAAGCCGUUCACGUGUUGGAACAAUUGAAAUGUAACGGUGUCUUGGAAGGUAUUCGAAUUAGUCGAAAGGGUUAUCCUGGUCGUAUCAAAUUUGCUGAUUUUGCCAAGAGAUAUGAAUUAUUGGCAAAGAGUGCGAGUGCAGUCAAAUCCUUAAAGACGGAUCGUGAGAAGUGUCAAGCCAUCAUCUCCGAUGUGGGUUCUUUUGUUAUGGAUGAAACCAAAUACAAAAUUGGUAAGACUAAAAUCUUUUUGAAAUCGGGCGUGGAAGCUCAACUCGAAGAAUUGAGAGAACACCAAAUUGAGAAGGUCAUUGCAUUGGCUCAAGCAGCCUGUAAGGGUCACUCUGCUCGUAAACAAUACAAGAAACUCAUUGGACGUAUUGUUUAUAUCAAAUUAUUGCAAAGAAACUUUAGAGCCUAUUUGAGUAUGAAAGAUUGGGAUUGGUAUCAACUCUUUGUCAAGGUUCGUCCAUUGGUUGAGGCUGAUCGUUCUGAAAAGAUGUUGAACCAAAUGAAGGAUGAAAUUGAAAAGUUGAAACAAGAAGUCAUGAAUCAAAUUGAGAAUAACAAGAUUACUGAACAAGAAAAGGAUAAUCUCUCUCGAAGUGUUGAACAAAUGAGAGCUGAGAUUCGAACUCGUGAAAGUGAAUUGGAACAAAUGAAUCAAAUGUUACGUGAAAUGAAGGACAAGAUGGAUCAUCGUGAACACGACAUUGAAUCUCUGAGCGGUAACAUGCAAGAUAAGGAAAAUGCCAUUUCCAAUUUGAGACGAGAAAUUCAAAACAAGGACUUUGAAAUGAAUCAAUUAAAGACUCAAUUGGACAAUGCCAAGAGAACAUUGGCUGAUAAGGACAAUGAAGUUCUUCAACGUGGUAAAAACAUUCAAGAAGUCAAAGAUGAAUUGAAUCGAGCCUUGACAGAAUUGGAAGAUUUGAGAGCUGAAUUGAAUAUUACCAAGAAUACUUUGAACAACUCGGACUAUUCAUUGGAUCAAACACGUCAAGAAAUGCUCGACAAGGAACGUAAAUUGAGAGAACGAGACAAUGAAAUUGUGGAACAAAAGAAGAAAUCUGCUACAUUGGAACAAGAUUUGAAGCGUGCUGAAAAUGAUCGAAAUGAAUUCGAGUUGCAAGUCAAUUCCAUGAAGAAGGCCAUUGACAACUUCCAACAAGAAUUGGAUAAGAAGAAUCGUGAAUUUGAUCAAUUGAGAAGACAAAAAGUCUCUGGUGAUCAACAAUCUGAACAAAUUCUCUCUGAAUUGGAAGAAGAAAAGAGAAAACGUAAUGAAUUGGAAAAGAAAUCACGUGAAUUGGAUCAAUUGUUGGAAACUGAAAAGUUUGAACAUGAACGUGCUCUUUCCAAUGCUCGUGAUUUGGAAACUGAAAUUGAAAAUCUCAAAAAGGAAAUUGCCACAUUGAAGAUGAGAAUUUCUGAAUUGGAAGAUGCCAACGAGAGAUUGAAACGUGAAAAUCAACAAUAUGAACGUGAAUUGGGUGAUUUGAGAUUGAAGAGUGAAAAUGAACAAAACAAGAUGCAAAGUGAAUUGCAACGUGAGAAACAACGUGCCAAUGAUGAAAUUUCCAAUCUCAAUAACAAACUUGAAGAUACACGAAGAAGAUUGGAAGAAUCUGAACAAAAGGUCAACAAUUCUGAUCGUGAGAAUAGAAACUUGAAGAAGGACAAGCAACAACUUGAACAAGAUAAGGCUGAUUUAGAAAUCAAGUUGAAGAGAACUGAAAGUGAACUCAAAUCAGGCUCACAAGACGCUGACAAUUUGAAACAACAAUUACAAGAAUCUGAAAAUAAGAAACGUGAAUUGUUGAAUCGUGUGCGUGAUUUGGAAUUGGAAUUGAACAAUCUCAAAGAAGAAUUGAAUCGAGAGAAAUCCAAGAGAUCUUCACUCGAAUCGGACUCUUCCUCUCUCAAAGACAAGUUGAACACACUCGAUCAAGAACUCUCUGCAUUGGAAUUGGUCAAGACCAAAGUUGAGAAACAACUCCGAGAUACUCAAUACGAUUUGGAUCAAGAAAAGAAUCUCUCUUCCAAAUUGAGAUCGGAUUUAGAUCAAGUCCGAAAGUCCGAGACUGAAUACAAGGCUAAAGCAGAGACUUUUGAGUCUUCACUCCAAUCACGUGAGGCUGAAUUGAAGAACUUGAGAGAUCAACUCGAACAAUUGAGAUCUCAACUCUCUGACAAUUCGAACAUUUCCGAGGAGGCUCAAAAGCAAAUCAAGAAGAUGAAGGAUGACAUUCGAAAGAGUCAAGAACAAUUACAAGAGAGUGAAUCUCGAUUGAAGGAUGAAAUGAUCAAACACAAACAAGCUCAAUCCACCAUUCUCGAAAAGGAUAAUCAACUCGCACUCUCAAAGGAUGAAUUGAAUCGAUUGUUACGAGAAAUUUCACAAUUGAGAUCUGAUUUGGAUAAUGCUCGCAAUAAUUUAUCUGGUGCUGACACUGAAUCAUUGAAAUUGAAGAGUGAAUUGAGAGAGAAGGAUCGUAAAUUGAAAGAAGCAGAGAAUGAAAAGGAUGAUUUGGAAUCACAAGUUCAACAAUUAGAACGUGAGAUGAAUGAACACAAAUCUCGACACGAUCAAAAAGAUCAAACCAUCUCGCAAUUAGAUGCCGAACGUAAACAACGAGAAGUGGAACUUGCCAAAUUAGCCAAUGAUGUCGAACGAUUGAAACAAGAAAAGGAACGUGAUGCCACUACAGCGCGCCAACGUAUCGAACAAUUACAACGCACCAUGGAUGAUGCUGAGGAACGUGCCUCGAGUGAAGUUCGCAAACUCCAAUCCGACAAUAAGGAUCUCAAGAAUCAAUUGAAGCAAUUGAAGAAGGACAUGGAGAGUGGAAUGAAUUCUUCGUCUUCGGGUACUGUAGACAGUGCUGAAUUGUCUCGUGUACGACGUGAAUACGAUUCUGAAUUGAUCAAAUUGAAGGCUCAACUCGAAGAUGAAGUCAUUCAACGCAACGACGCCGAACAAAAGAAGAAACUCUUAGAAUUUGAAUUGAAUGAUUUCAAGGACAAGUACAAUCAAGAGACCAAGGCUCGUAAAAAGAUGGAAGCACUCAAAUUAUCUCUCCAAUCUGAAAUUGAAGAUUUGAGAGAAUUGGCUGAAAAGGCAGAAGAUCUCUCCGAAGAAUUGUCCAUGUGUAAACAACAACAUGCAGAUAUGGUCAAUGAACUUGAAAGUGAAUUGAAGAAGGAGAGAUCCGAUCGUAUUUACAAUGAAGAAGAAGCAUCUCGAUUCAAGCGUGAUGUUCAAAAUCUUAAAGUUCAAUUGGAAUUGGCUCUUCAAAAGAAGGAAGAGGAAUUGAGACGUGUCAGAGGUCAAUACGAACAAGAAAUUCAAGAUUUACAAGAUUUGUAUAACAAGUCCAAGAAUGAUAAGAAGAAAUUCUCCAAAUCUUCAACUUCAUUGGAGACUGAAUUACGUGAAGCUCAACGAUCGUUACAAGAUUCUGAACGUUACAGAUCAUUGGCUGAACAGAAGGCUGAUCGAUUGGAACGUGAAUUGAAGAUGGCUAAUUUGAGAUUGGAAACUGAAUCAUCCAAUCAAUUACUCAUUGCACAAGAGAAACAACGAAUUGAAAGUCAAUUGCAAUCCGUGCGUGAUCAAUUCGAUGAAUUGGAGAGUGAAAAUACCAAGUUGAAAUCAGAUUUGGAUUCUGAGAGAAGAAAGUUCCAACAAUUGGUUCGAAGAUUGAAUAGCAGUGCAAGUACAAGUUCAGCACGAUCCUAUGUGGGUGCUGGCGAUGAUGAUUCUGAUGACGAGGAUGAAGAAUAA